GACUCUCUCGGCCGCUAAAUUCCAGCCACGUGUCCGGUCAAACGCCGUUCGGACCAGGAAACCGUGUGCCGCGCAACCCCCCGAUUCGAGUCCACGCAAAGCCGGAGAACAAAAACAGGGCGCUCUUCUGCGAAAUCCGCCAGUAUUUGCUCUCCAAAUCACUCGCCCUCUUUCGUUCUUAUAUGUCUACCGACGCUCGUCACUCUACUCGACAAAUACACAAGCAGAACAUAGGCAAGGUGAGAUUGAGAUACCGGGAUGUGCCGAUCCGCCAUGGAGAGCAACUCUGAACUCGCCGGGUACCCCAGGGACCGCGACCGCCUCCAGAUCCGGGGCUUCUACCUACGCGUCUCCCUCGCCGGCGGACGGAGACUGUUCCCGGGCGCCAUCACCCUCGUCUACCUCCCCCGGAUCGACGGCAGCUUGCUCGAGGUAAAUGGGUCCAGGAUUCGCGCCGCGGCCCGGGCGAUCGUGCCGCUCCACCGGAUCUGCUCGCCGGAGCUGUUCAGGAGCGGCGACACGGAGGCGGCGGUGUUCGCCAGCACGGACCGGGUGAGGGCGGGCGAGGGGGUGCGGUUCGAGGCGUACGUCGGGGAGGAGAAGGUGGUGAGAGGGGUGUUCAGGCGGCGGGGGGGCGUGUGGGGGAUGGAGUGCCGGUGCGCGGCGGAAGGCGAUGCGGCGGCCGUGGCCGCGGCGGAGGUGUGGGUGGUGGGGGAGAAGGGGGUGUCGAUGGGACAGAGGGUGGAGGUGGCGGCGGCCUUGGAGGAGGAAAGGAGAAAGCGGCGGCGGAGGAGGGGGUUUUGCUCGAGGUUGGAGGAGAUACCGGAGGAGUCGGACGGAUGCGAUGGCUUGUGCUGCGAGGGUGGCGAGGAAGAGGAAGAGGAAGAGGAAGGGGGCUGGGAGUUGGAGGGAUCCGACGAUGAUGUUCGAAAGCAGGCGGGCGGGAAGGGUAUGGAGGGCGAAGAUGUUGCGUUGGAGAUGGAAGGGGUGAGAUGGGGCGUCGAUUUAGGGAUCUGGGUGAUGUGCUUGGGGGUGGGCAUGUUGGUCUCCGCAGCUUCCAAUAGGAAACUGAGAAAGAAUCUUCUUUGAUCUCUUACUUUGCCUUUUCCUUUCUUUUUUGCCUCCAUCACCAUUCGCAAAGCGGAGUUUUGUAUCGCUUCUCUAGUUUUUGCACAAGAAUUACAAUUCCAAUCAGGUGAAGAUUGGAGCAUCAAAUUAGAUGAUCGAUGCAUCGAAAGGAAAGCUUAUCUGUUCCUGUCGGAGAUGGUAGAAUGCAAUUGUCUCAUGGGUCGAUUGGUCCAAAAGCUCUGAGAUGCACAAGAGAUUGGGCCCUGAGAUCACUUUAUACAAGCAAUUGUCCACUCUUGAUUCGGCUAAUUUGGACCAUUUAAUUUUGCAUAUAUAUAUAUAUAUAUAUAUAUAUAUAUAUAUAUAUAUAUAUAUAUAUAUAUAUAUAUAUAUAUAUAUACACACAUGUACACUUUUAAAUAUAUUUUUAAUAUUUUUAUAAAAUUAAAAAUAAGUGCUUUAUUGAAGCUGACGCUAUUCAUUCGAUGUAUCUCUCCCUAAUAAUUGUAUUUCUAUUUUUUUUUUGCU